AUGAUACAUUUACGUUGUAUAGGAAUAUUAUUACUGGUGGUUGGGUCGUAUGCUCUUUAUGACUCUUCAUCAGAUGUGGUUCAAUUAACACCAAGUAACUUCGAGAAGCUCGUAACAAAUUCAAAUGAAGUGUGGAUCAUAGAAUUCUUCGCACCAUGGUGUGGGCACUGUAAGAAUCUUGUUCCUGAAUAUAAAAAAGCAGCUCGAGCCCUUAAAGGAAUCGUCAAAGUAGGUGCUGUGGAUGCGGAUCAGCACAGAGAUCUUGGUCAGAAAUAUGGAGUCAGUGGAUUCCCAACUAUUAAAAUAUUCACGGGCAGUAAACAUACUCCAUAUCAGGGACAGAGAACGGCAGAAGCCUUUGUGGAUGCAGCAUUGAAAGCAGCUAAAGAUAAAGCUUAUGAAAACCUUGGAAAGAAAGCAAGCGGAUCCAGUUCUGACAAGUCGGAUGUUAUCACUCUAACAGACAGCAAUUUCAAGGAGAUGGUUCUGGAUAGUGAUGACAUGUGGCUUGUUGAGUUCUAUGCUCCAUGGUGUGGACAUUGCAAGAAUCUGGAACCCCACUGGGCAAAGGCCGCAACCGAGCUUAAAGGAAAGGUAAAACUCGGAGCCGUUGAUGCCACAGUUGAUCAAAUGAUGGCUUCCCGCUACCAAGUGCAAGGAUACCCAACCAUCAAGUUCUUCGCUGGUGGUAAGAAGACCAGUGACAGUGUAGAAGACUAUAAUGGAGGCAGAACUUCCAGCGAUAUCGUCAGCUGGGCCCUUGAAAAGCUUGCUGAAAAUGUACCAGCACCUGAAGUAUUGGAGGUAACAGAUGAAGAAGUGAUGAAAGGUUGUAGUGAUAAGCCACUCUGUGUGGUAUCAAUUUUGCCUCACAUCCUUGAUUGUAAUGCCGCGUGCAGAAAUGACUACAUCGCGAUAUUGAAGCGCCUUGGAGAUAAAUACAAGAGCAAGAUGUGGGGCUGGGUCUGGUCAGAAGCUGGUGCACAGCCAUCGCUUGAAGAAUCUCUGGAAAUGGGAGGCUUCGGUUACCCAGCCAUGGCCGUCGUCAAUGCUAAGAAACUCAAGUUCUCUACUCUACGUGGAUCAUUCUCUGAAACCGGUAUCAAUGAAUUCUUAAGAGAUCUAUCUUUCGGUCGUGGCCAGACAGCGCCAGUAAGAGGCGCUGAAAUGCCUAAAAUCUCCAAGACUGAGCCUUGGGACGGCAAAGAUGGCGAAUUACCGCCAGAAGAGGACAUUGACCUCUCGGACAUUGAUCUCGAGAAGGAUGAGCUAUAA